UCCCACGGACUCCUUUCAGCGUUGCGCAUAAACAUGUCACUCCGCCGGCGGUGCUGAAACAUGUCCGGACGCUCCGUUAGCGCGAGCUACGCGGACGUGUUCUGGUGUGUUCUGACGUCAUGUUUCUUUGCGGCGUUCUGCCUGUAUGAGCUCUCUAAGCACGCGCCGAGGAAAUACGAAACAAGUCUCGCGCUGGUUCUGUUUCAGGACCUGAUCCGGUACGGGAAGACCAAACGACCCCUCGCGCGACACGGCUGGCUGCGCGCGUGCGACCUCCCCAAAAGGUGGUUCUGGCACUUCUACGCCGUCUCCGUCGGCUGGAACGCCUUCCUUCUGUCUUUGUACCUGAGAGCCACCUGUCACCAUCGGCCCUACCCGCCGUGGCUCAGCGCGGCGUUGGACUCUCUGACGGACGCCCCCGGCCCGGACCGCCCCGUCCCACAGAUGUCCACGCUGCUGGUGCUGGUGCUGCUCUGCGUCCACGCGCUGCGCAGGCUGCUGGAGUGCCUGCGCGUCAGCGUCUUCUCCGACGGCGCCGUGCACGCGGUGCAGUACGCGUUCGGCCUGUGCUACUACGUCUCGCUGGGGCUGACGGUGCUCUGCACCGACCGCCUGGGGAAAGGGACGGGACCCCUCCUCGCUCAGCUGGACUGGUUCCACGUGGCCGGAGCCUCGCUUUUCCUCGGCGCCUCGGCGCUGCAGCAUCGGUGCACGGUGCUGCUGGCCGGGCUGCGCACCGGGAAGUCCGGUGCCGUGGAGACGCUGGCUCACAGGCUGCCGGUCGGGGGCUGCUUCGAGCUGGUGUCCUGCCCGCACUACUUCGCCGAGCUGCUGAUCUACGUCUCUCUCGCCCUGGUGCUCGGAGGCCGCUCUCUCACCUGGUGGCUCGUCGUCCUCUACGUGCUGUUCAACCAGGCGCUGGCGGCGCAGCUCAGUCACGACUUUUACGUCGGCAAGUACGAGUCGUACCCGAGGCACAGGAAGGCCUUCAUUCCGUUUGUGCUGUGAGUAAAGAACUGUUGAGCCUGCAGAGUUAAACUCGACUCGCUCCAUCGUGCACUGGUUGUGGACCACGUGAAGCUGCUCACGAGCCGACGGGAUCAAGAUGAUUGAGGUUUGUGAUGCAGAACCAACUCUCCGGGUGAGAGGUGAGCUGUCCCUAAUAAUGGGGUGCAUUCAUGCAUUGUCUGCAUUAAUACAUGGUAUCUUAUCUUGUUAUGACACACCAGAAACCACGUGGUGUUUUUUAUGUGAGAAAUGGGGUUCUGAUUGAAUUGAUUCUUCACAAAUGUAGCAGCUUUUCUCGUAUAACGAGCAGGUUUUGUUAAAUAAAGUGUCACAGCAACGAGA